GCAUCCGUGCAUCGCGCAACCCGCGCAUUGUUCUAUAUUCAAAAAUUUAAACACCAGUCUUUUGUCAUUUUACUUUUUUUGUGUUAAUAUCAUAAACUAUAUAGAAUGUAAUUUUAGUACGUUUUCGAUUAUCAAUUUUUUCUUAAUAAAACUGGUUUGAUAACAGUGCUUUAUUUUUAGCAAAUGAUGGACUAUAAUUUAUAGCAUUGUUUCAAUAGAAUUUGUUCGUUAUGGAAAAACAAUGUGCUUUGAUUUUUCUGACAAUUUUCCACCUCCAGUCAUCGAUCAACGCUGCAGAGACAGUUCUAUCAGCUGUCUUAACACCUGACGAGAAGCUCCUUAGCCGUCAAAGUCGGAGCUACUACGACCCUCGAUACGGCGUAGGCCGACCGUACGAUCUCGGUCGUCUUUACGAUCCACGACCCUAUGACCGAUAUUACGAUAGCGGUCGAUUAGACUACGAUCGACCACGCUGCGGUCGUUGUGAUGAUAGAUACGAUGAUAGAGAUGAUGACAACGAUCGGAGACGCGACCGAUACGAUGAUGACCGGCGUGUAAACCACAGGCCGACAUACGGUAACCGAUAUGACAGGAACAAAAGCGAUAAUGACGACGACAGAAGAUACGACACCGAUAGAAACAACGGAAACAAAAACGGAACUGACGAUGAUAACGAUUCGGAUAAGAAAAGGCCUUAUGAUGAUAAGGAUAAUAGACCGAGUGGGAGCAAGAGGGGUGAUAGGGAUAGGAAUAGAAAUAGAUACGAUGACAGAGAUAGAUAUAGGCCAGAUUAUUACGACAGGUUCUUGAGAGAUCCCUCAAGAGAUAGAGAUAGGAAUGAGAGACCGUAUUAUGAUGACAUAUAUAGAGAGAGAAGGCCGAUAUAUGAGAGGGAUUACGACGGAUAUGCCAGUAGAUAUGAUGGGUACGCAAACAGAUAUGAUGGUGCUGCUUACCCUAGUUAUAGAAGACCAAUUUAUGAAGGGUAUGACAGAGGAUACGAUGAUGGUUAUGGAGGUUAUGGGCCCAGUGCUGGCCGGGGACCUCACGAUAGUUUCAGGCCUUGGGACGAGACGUACCGAGGACAAGCGGGAUGGGACGCCGGCGGCAGGGGAUACUACUUCGCAUCCGGCCGGCCUGACUCCGCUCCCGCUACAGCCUGGGACAGACCAGGAUAUGCUAGACCACAAGAAAGCGGUUGGCAGAAUGUGGGUUACAAUGGAGGUGGAUACCGCGACCCACUGGAGUACCGAGGCUCGUUGGGAUACGGACUGGAUGGCGGCUACCGGCAGGACGUCAGCACCGGAUACGGACAGGUCAGCGGCUGGCAAAAUGUCGGCGAGAGGAGACCUUAUAGGGAUCAGAGUGGCGUGGCGCAUCUUGAUGACCGCAACACCUACCCGUCCCGGGAUACCCAAAGUUCUGGAUACGGUCAACGCGAUACCCAAAGUUCUGGGUACGGUCAACGCGAUACCCAAAACACUGGUUACGGUCAAACCAACAGGCAACCAAGCAAUUAUGGACAACAAAACACAUAUCAAUCCAGCAAUAUAGCAACUGGUUAUGGACAAAGCAGCAGUACUACACCAAGCACUAGUUACCUAUUCCAAAGAGAAGACGAAAGGGUGACUACGAAAUCAGCUGAUGAAACCACCAAAGCGCCAUCUUAGUUUGUUAUUUUUCUGUAGACUAUGAUUUUAUGGUCAUUAUUUUUUUCUUUAAUUUUUUAAACUAAAGGCUCAGUAGCCAAAGUC